GGAACUGCUAUGCAUUUGUUAGGAUGCAAAACAAAAAAAGCAGACGCGAAACUACUUGUCGGGUGGCGCGCAGGCAGCUAUAUAAGAGUAUCUAUGUUAGAAAAACUCGAAAACGUGGAAGAUCUUUUUGCAACCGACUCUUCUCAAAAUGAAGGAGCAUACUUAUCAUGUGAUCUGGACGAGGAUGGUUAUUCAUCUACAACUUUGGGGAACGUAGUCGCAAGUAUUGCGACCCAGUACCGGCAUGACGCGUAUACAUCGGCUUUGGCGACGCGCUGCAGGUAACACUGUCGUGAGGAGACCAGCGCCGUCGCUCAACAGGUCGGCAAACACAGCGGAUGCCAGUCAGUUCUCACGAUUCGAAGCACUUCAGCAGACGGGUUGCGCCGCAGGCAAGAUUCGCCAGACUGAUUCAGAGUCGACUUUAGCCGCCGACGGCGAAGAUCAUCUUCGGGCUUAUCCAUUUGCAUUGCGGUUGAUUCAGGGUGACGGCGUCCAGUGGUUUCUUCGCAUAGCGCAACGCGUUGCACCAGAAUUCGAGUUUUUCGUGCUGCCAAAGCAGUCGCUGUUUCCGGUCUUGAUCCGGCUGCGGAACAAGGGGAGUACUUCCGCGUUUGAUGGCACUUGGAGUCCGAUUCAGAUUCGAGCACGCCGGCGUAGUGCUGAUGACCAGGAGCGGGAGGCCCACAGCGCCAGCGAUGAUGAGGAUCCGACGACGACAACAGCGAAGGAUGCUAGUUUGCGACAAAUGAUUAGUACGGUUUCCUACCGCAGAAGGCCAGGGGUGCCGUGCAUCAUGAUGUCGUCGCCUUCAAAUUCCUGUUUCGUGUUUCCUGCUUCGGCUUCGACAAGAACAGGGAAGGAGCGGCAAUGGGAAACGAUGAGGCUGUGCACGAAGGAUGAAAUCCACUUCGGCACCGCCGCAGGCCGUUUGCGUGACUGGUUACGCGAGGAGUAUGCAUCGACCGCACGCAUCGCUUGUUCGGGUGAUUUACAGAGUUUGAUCGUUGAUUUGGCUACAACCCCUAUCGCACUUGAGUACCGCAUGUUCCUGGUGCAAUUGCUUCAGCUUCCUGGCUUCAAUGACAUUCGGUUUUAUGUGCGAGGAACCACCGACUCGAACGCGCAUAAUUUACGAAAAACACUAUUUUUGAAUUUUAAAAAGUGACCGUUUGGAUUUGCUGGAUGAUUUUUCGGGGUCGUAGAUGCAACUCAAGUGUUCCAAUUGAUUCUUCUCGGAGAUGAGAGGCGUCGCUUCCCUUUCUCAUGUUUCAAAAUCUCUCGGCGCUUCUAAGCAUGGCUGUCUUUCACGGACGACGCUUGCUUAUUCGGCGACCUGAAAGGUUGCAAGGUACCCUUUCUGGGGGGCGACGCCUACGCUUUGCUUUCUCUCAUCUGUGGCACCGCCCCUUGCUGCGACGAUCUUGUGGAAUAGACUACUUCGCACUGAUGGUGGAUUCAUCUGGAGAAGAUCAAAGGCUUGGGGGCAUCGGAAUUAUACCAGUUAAGGCGAUUGCUGCGUCAGGAAAUGCUUUGGUAAGGAAGAAGCCUCUUGAUGGGGACACUUGUCUGAAGCAGCAACCGGUCCUGCAAUUGAGCAGCGAAAACUUGGUUGAAGGUGGGGAUUUUAAAGGCUUCGGAGAGUUUUUUUUCUUCUUUGAUUCUCUAGAAGGAGUCUUGCAGGAAAAGGCAUUACAAGACAAGUUUACGAGCUUCAUUGACAAUAUUUUCUCUACGUGGGAUCAUACUGCAGUCCCCCUGGCUUCGGAUGAACCGACGGAUAAACUUUUCUGAUUUUGUGCUCAACGAGGAUGAGGAC